AUGGAAGAACUUCUCCUCCGCGAUCAAAGUUGUCUACGGUCCGCCAACCAAAGCAAUUUUCUCUCUUCUCAGCACUGGCGUAAAUACUCUACUCACUGAGGAAACAAAAAUUCCUCAACGAUGGACCGAACACUUCAGGAGCGUUCCCAACCGUCUCUCCACCAUCCCUGAUGCCGUCGUCGCCCGUCUGCCUCAGAUGGAGGCCAACGUGGACCUCAUCCUCUGCCCACCCUCCACGAAACCCUCAGGGCCGCGAAGCAGUUCUCCAGCGGUAAAGCGCCGGAUUGGACGCGAUCCCUGA